AUGUGAAGAACAAUCAAAGGAAGGAAGUGUACUGGGUGGGAUCAGGCUUGUUCCAAAGAGGAGUACGCUUGAUAUUUUGGAAUUCUCAAACUCCUGAACUGACCUGUGUCUUUUGUUCCUUCGUGGUCCUGUGACUGGUGGAUUAUUUUCUCUAUUUUUAACAUUUCAAGUGGAUCUUUUUGGGAUUGUGUAUAUCCCACAGGCUGCUGGAGAUCCAGCUAUGAUGAAGUUGCCUUUGCUUCAUCUGCUGGUUAGCAUCAACAUCUUCCAUCAUGUGGUCCUGUGUACUAAAAACGGCGCACACCAACAGGGUCAACUCGAGUUCAAGCAACGUGUGAAGAGGGCCUGGGUGUGGAAUCAGAUCACUACUCUUGAGGAACAAACAAAUAUUCCAUAUUUGAUAGGAACGCUUCACUCCACCAAGCUACGCGACAAUGCAAUGUACAUACUUCAGGGAGAGUUCGUUAACACCCUCUUCAAAGUAAAGGAGAACACAGGAGACAUCUAUGGCUACGAGAAGCUGGAUCGUGAGGAGAAAGCGCAGUAUAACUUGACAGCCCUGCUUGUAGAUAAAAACACCCUGAAAACUUUAGAGCCUCCUGAAAUCUUUUCGAUUAGACUCAUCGAUAUCAAUGACAAUGCUCCCGCGUUUAUACAAGAAUCGUACAAUGGCUCAGUGCCGGAGAUGUCUGCAACAGAUGUCUUGGUGACGACGGUUACUGCAGUAGAUCCAGAUGAUCCCACAGUGGCUGGUCAUGCCAAAGUAACAUAUAAAAUCCUUCAGGGAUAUGAACACUUCAAGAUCAAUGAAAAUACAGGUGAAAUCUUAACGCUGAGUUCCUACCUAGACAGAGAGACAAAAGCCAGUUAUGAAGUCAUUGUGCAAGCCAAGGAUUCUCCGGGUCUGACUGGAGGAUUUUCAAGCUCAGCUACAGUUACCAUCCAUUUGACCGAUAUCAAUGACAACUUUCCAACUUUUACAAAAAAACAGUACACAUUCGAUGUCCACGAGGAUCUGAGAGUUGGAGAAGUAGUUGGAAGGAUUUUGGUAGAAGACAUUGAUGAACCACAGAACAGACUCGCAAAGUACACUUUUAUGAAAGGAAGGUAUGAACAGUGGUUUCAGAUCAAAAGCAACCCACAGACCAAUGAAGGGAUAAUCAUUCUGAAAAAGCCACUGGACUAUGAGAGUAUCGAUAAAGUAUUCCGAAUGAGCAUUGAAGUCACCGACCCCUCCAUUGACCUACGAGUGGCAAAGCAGCAAAGGCCAAGCAGCACCACAGAGGUGGUCGUGAACGUCUUAGAUGUGGACGAGCCCCCUGAAUUCAGCCAACCCUUCUACCUGUUCAAGGUGAAAGAGGAUGAGAAAAAUAAAAUUGUCGGUUUUGUACUGGCUACAGACCCCGAUUCUCCCAAAAGAGCUGUGCGGUAUUCUGACAAAAGUGGCAAAGACGACUCUGUCAUAGUGACAAAUAGUGGAAAUAUUAACAUCAAGUCGCUCGACAGAGAGACCAGAGCUUGGCACAAUAUAACUGUAACAGCUGAGGAAAUAGACUCUUCGACUAAGAAAUCGUCAGACUCUCCAACCAUGAAAUCAUCAUCAGUAAGCGUUUACAUACAGGUGCUGGAUGUCAAUGACAACGCUCCCGAAUUUGCAGAGCCCUAUGCUCCAACAGUGUGCGAGAAUACGGCCAAUAACCUCGCCAUCUUAACGAUCUCUGCAACCGAUAAGGAUGAAAUGGUGCCGGGAACGAAGUUUACAUAUUAUUCAGCGGAAAAAGAAACCAAUUUCACAGUGGUGGAUAAUCACGAUAAUACAGCAAGCAUCGUCGUCAAGAAUGGAGCCUUUAACCGUGAUGUGACCAAGUUCUACUACCUGCCCAUUGUCAUCUCUGACAAUGGAGUGCCAUCCCUGAGCAGCACCAAUACUCUGACCAUCAAUGUCUGCAAGUGUAAUGAAGAAGGGGAAUUCACAUUCUGUGAGGAGGCUCUAAAGUAUACGGCAGUAUCGGCAUCAACCAUCAUUAUCAUCCUAUGCAGUCUAGCCCUAAUUCUUCUGAUUGUCCUCGCAUCAUUUCUGAUACUGAGAAGAAUGCGCAGUCAUCAUCCUAUGAUAUUAGUCAAGAACCCUGCGGAAAUCCACGAGCAGCUGGUGACCUACGACGAGGAAGGAGGAGGAGAAAUGGACACCAAUGGCUAUGAUGUCUCUGUGCUCAAUUCCGUGCGUAGAAACGUAGUGAGAUCAAAGCCUGACAUGGAGGCUUAUCCCGGCCUGUACGCCCAGGUCCAGAAACCUUCCAGAAAUGGAGACAUGUUCUCCGUGAUUGAAGCAAAGAAAGAGGACGCAGACAACGACGGAGAAUGCCUCCCCUAUGACACUCUGCACAUAUUCGGCUAUGAAGGCUCAGAAUCCAUUGUGGAAUCUCUCAGUUCCCUGGAAUCUGGAUCAUCGGAUUCUGAAAUUGACUAUGAUGUGUUAAAUGACUGGGGUCCCAGGUUCAAGAUGCUGGCUGACAUGUACGGCCUAGAACACCUGGAAGAGUUUCCUUAUUAACAUGGCUGCCCGGUAAACACUCAAUAAACACAUACAUCCAUACACUCCAGUUAGUAGAACAUCUACCCAUUCUGAUAUUCAGACUCUGGAUGGGAGCCACCAAUGAGAUGGAGAACCAUUGGGUCACCUUUUGAGGCCUCCAUUAAAAUGAUGUAUUAAAGCACACCUUAUCACAUAUAGGAAGCUAUAUGAGAUAUUUUAUUCUGUCUAAUCUGCAUUCUUCUUCUCUCUGUAAUGCUGAGUGGUCCGGCUCUUGGUGUGGAGCUGGAGAGCUGUGCUGUGUGCUCUGACCAAUCAGAUGUGUCCUUUCCUGCUGCUCCCUCUCCCCUCUUAUACAGACACUGAGGAGGGGAUACUGCAGCUACAUCUCCCUCCUCCAUGCCUAGUACUUACAGCUUCAUACUAGAUGGAUUUUGAGGGGAAGGAGGAGGAUUCUGAACAUUUACAGGUAAAGGGGAAUUACAGACAUUUUCCUUAAAGGGGUAUUCCCUUCUCAGACAUUGAUGGCACAUUGUUAGGAUAUGCCAACAACGUCAGAUAGGUACAGAUCCUACAUCUGGGACCCACUCCUAUUUUCAGAACAGACCCCCGUAGUGAAGGAUAGGGUAGCCACUCUCCAUUCAUCGCUCUGGGAGCUUCUAAAAUAGCCGAGCUCUAGUCCAGCUAUUUCCAGUAGUCUCAUAGCGGUGAAAGGAGAGACAGUGCGCUCUCCAUUCACAGCUAUCGGGCUCCCGAAAAUAGCUGAGAGUGCUCACUCGGUUAUUUUCGGACUGCAGAAAUUAAUAUAAAGCAUGCUGCGCAUGCGUUGCGUGCACUUUUUCACUUCAGGGGUCACCGUUCUGGAGACAGGAGUGGGUUCCAGAUCUGAAUACCUGCACCUAUCUAACACUGGUGGCAUAUUCUAGCAACAUGCCACCAAUUUCUGAGAUGGGCCUGCCCCUUUAAUGAGAUAUAUUACAAACUUUAAUAUUUUUACAUGUGCUAUUGACUUAUUUAUGCCUAAGAAUAUAAAGAUGAGUACACUUUAGUAUGAAUUAAGUACUUGCUGGGUUCAGUUUGUAAAGAUUUGGAGGUACAUAGAGUCAUUUUUUAGGAAAUAUCAGAAAUCAUAGCAAUGGGUGGUAGGUAUAGAAAUGGGGUGCAACCCAACCAUGAUUGAAAUGUCCAUCUCUAUUUGCCAUAUAAACUCUCCAAAGGCUCCUUCCCAAAAAACGGAGCUUAGUAUGUGCUUCUCCAGCGAGAUUCAUCUUUCAGGUGUAUAGUUCCUUGAGCUAUGUUCUUACUGUAUGCUUCCUGACACCAGAGUGGGAACACCUAACACAUGAGAUAUCUUCUCGCAGUAGACAUUGCAUGACCACUUCAUUCAAUGUAGCCGCGUGUCAUGAAAUGGUGGUCGCCCAGACAGAAAGUUAAAGGAUUGCUAGGCAACCUGAAAUAUCGAAGCCUAUAAAAUCCAAAAAGAUGAUAGUAUAGAAAUAAACAUAGGUUCUGCAAAGAUAUGUCAUACUAAUUAUGAUAUGUCUCUAUAAUUACUGCAGUGGAGUUAGGCCUUAAAGGGGAUGUCCAGCUAUUUAAAAACAGUUGGUGGAAUAAAAUAAAAGAAGCAAUAUCGUACCUAUCCUGACACGCUUGUGGCAACGUUUCCCAGGUCCUCUGCCAGUCUGGUCCCUCUCGACAUAGAAAUAUGCCGAGGCGGGUCACCGCUACGACCAGUGAUUGGCUGAGAGAUCACAUUUUCAAGUUGAGGGGGAGCAGAAGGUGCAGAGACUUGUGGAGGACUCGAGAAGCAUCAGAACCGGAGCAGCAAGGUGGGAAUUACUACUUUUAUUAACUAUUCUCAGACAUUAAAAAAA